UCCAACGUCUUCUCCAUGUUUGACCAGUCCCAGAUCCAGGAGUUCAAGGAGGCCUUCACCAUCAUGGACCAGAACCGGGAUGGCUUCAUCGAUAAGGAAGACCUGCGCGACACCUUUGCCGCCCUGGGCCGCAUCAACGUGAAGAACGAGGAGCUGGAGGUGAUGGUGAGGGAAGCGCCCGGGCCCAUCAACUUCACCGUGUUCCUCACCAUGUUUGGGGAGAAGCUGAAAGGCACGGACCCCGAGGAGACCAUCCUCCAUGCCUUCAAGGUGUUCGACACGGAGGGCAAAGGCUUCGUCAAGGCUGACUUCAUCAAGGAGAAGCUCAUGACGCAGGCCGACCGCUUCAGCGAGGAGGAGGCCAAGCAGAUGUUUGCGGCGUUCCCGCCCGACGCCUACGGCAAUCUGGAUUACAGAAACCUGUGCUACGUCAUCACGCAUGGGGAAGAAAAGGACUAG